AUGAUGAUACGCUACGUGUUGUGUGUUAUGCUUCUUGCACUUUGUUGUACUUGCAGUUUUGUGUUGGCUGCUGGUACUGAAACUGAAGCGGUUUUAACUCAACCAGUGGGUGGUGAAGUGGAAGAAACAUCUGGACAAUGUGUUGGGGAACAAAGUAAGGAGGAAUCUUGCAAAGCACAUUCAUCGCAGAAAGUGCCUCCAGAAGAUACUCAAAAGCACGGAAAAAAACCUGAAGCUGUUGCACUUCCACCACACGAAACAUCAGUGGAACGCAGUCCAACUUCUCCAUCAGGUUCUGGUGCUUCUGUUGGUCCUGCUAGUUCCUCUUUACGAACCACUGAAGAUCUACAUAAUCAGCAGGAAGAAAGUAAAGAGAACAUAAAGGGGAACCUACCAGUUAAGGAAGUGAGAGAAAGCGAUGAAAACGUGGCUAGCGAUGGUCCCAAGGAGCAUCCUUCCAAUGAAGAAAGUUCACUUAACCUUCGUACAAUACAACACCACGAUGGAUCGGACCAGGUAUCGGAAAAUGCACAGAGCUCUACUACAGAAACUGCUGCGCAAGGUGAGAACGAGGCAGACAACAGUAAUGUCUCAACGACUCCGGGAGGUACUGACACACCAUCUGAUCUUGUCAAUGGUACUAAACCUGAAGAAGGUGGGUCACCAAGUAAUCAAGAAAGUGAUGUGAGAAAUACAGAAACCACCACCACCACCACCACCACAACCACAACAACACUUCCUCCUGAACUCACAAACAACAAGAAGGGUGAUGCCGACAGCAGCAGCAGUAUCAGCAGUUCUGUGUGGGUGCGUGUACCACUACUGAUUGUGGUUACACUGGCCUGUAUUCUUGUGUGCUGA